UAUGGAGAAGGGCAUAUGCCUGGGUUCUUGAGAGGCAUUGAUACUUCGUGUGCUAAAAAGUAUUCUGACUGGAAGUACGAUAUUAAAGAGCACUUAACGAUUAAUGGGCCACAAAAUCGUUAUGGUGGUUGCACGGAUACGCAGUGGCAAAAAGCAAUUGAUUUUUUCCGUCGCCCAGAAAUUACGAAACGUUCUGUGGUCAACAAGGAAAAUAGAAAGAAAUUGAAAGAGCUUAGCUAUGGAGGUUCUCAGUCAAUCCCAGCCUUACGCUAUAAAAAGCGCAAUUUAGAGACUGGGCAACUUGAGUCCAUCCCGGAUAGCUGGAUGGAUACUCACCAUAAAUCAGGCACAGGGUGGGUGACAGAGACAGCAAAAAAUACUUGGGAGGAAUUGCGUGCAUACCGCGACACACAGCAGACACAGGCAACUGAUACUGAGAGUUCCACACCAGUUUCGAGUGCGCCUGAAGAUGAAGACAUAUCUUUGGUACAAAAUGUCUUCGGAAAACGACGGGGCCACCAGAAAGGAUAUGGACGUAUCCUUAACAUAAGGGACCGAACUCCAUUUGAUUUUCGUCCUUCACAAACUAGAGAUGAAGAGUUGUCUGAGAUGAGAGAGCGUCUUCGACAGUUAGAGGAGCAUGUCCGGACUCAUUGUAUCACCCCGGGAUCUCAAUCUGCCCCACCACCACCACCCGAUGAUCCUGAUGUUGGAGCACCGACUCAGUAGGACUUAUGUAUGAAUUUUAUUACAAUUGACUAUUACAUUAUCAUGUUUAAGACAAGUCUUUAUUUUAAUUCAACGAAUACACUCUUAUGUUUUUUUUUAUAUCUUUAAUAUAAGUGUUUUAAUUUUA